AUGUCUCAGAGGUCGGGCCAGAAGAGGAACAGACCCCCAUCGUCAACGCGCAGCAUCUUACGCCUCAGCACUCCUGAUGGCACGAACCCGCCUCCAGCGAAGAAACAAAAGGUCAAGUCAUUGACCUCAAUUGCUAGACCACCUACAUUUAAUUUGACAGCCAGCCAUCAUAAGACGUCUUCACAGGAUGUAAGAAGUAAAGGAAAAAUGAAAGAGACAAUAGAGGAUGAUGACACCCAAUUUGGUCACCAACUAUGGGUGGAUAGAUACGAACCUUUGACUGAGGAAGAUCUUGCUGUGAACAAACGGAAAAUACAAGAAGUGCGCCAAUGGUUAAUGGAAGCAUUUGAUGGGGGUCCCUCGGGAAAGCUUAGAAAGUACAGACGAAUUCUAGCCCUUACCGGUCCCGCAGGAACAGGAAAGACUGCCGCUAUACGCGUUCUCGCUCGCGAACUCAAUUGCGACCUCUUGGAAUGGCGGAAUAGUAUGGACGAGCAGUUUACUCGCACAGACGAUUUCGUCCUAGACUUGGACGAGGAGCCGGUGGAGUAUGAGGGACUCGCAGACAAGUUCAGGACAUUCCUCACACGCGCGUCGAGUUGUCACACUAUCUUUUCAACAUCUACUGUGCUCCCUGGUAGCCAAACACAAUCAUCCCAGGCAACGGUUCCCUCUCGGUCGCAUACACCUGAAUUAGCUCAUUCGACAUCUACAGGAGAGGCUCAAGCUAAACGACAGAUUAUCCUCCUUGAAGAUCUUCCGAAUGUCUUACAUCCCGCGACACAAGCUGUGGUUCACGCUGCCCUGCAAACAUUCGCUUUCUCGCAUGUGCUGGGCGCACCGCUCGUGUUGAUUAUAAGCGACACGGGGUUUCGGGGAGAGGAUCCAGAAAAUGAUGCUGGGGGGUGGAGACGAGCUAAAGAAAUCAUUGAUAUACGGACCGUGCUCCCACCAUCGUUGUUGAACUCUCCGAGCGUCACACAAAUAGGCUUCCGAUCUCUCACACCUACUUUUCUUCGCAAAGCACUCCAGAAUCUCCUCAAUGCGCACUAUUCUUCUGCUUCUGGCUCUCCGCCUUCAAAAGACGUGCUCGAUGCUAUCACUGAGUCAUCGAAUGGUGACAUCCGCAGCGCAGUGAUGACCCUACAAUUUGCAUGUACUGCUGACACCGGUAAGAGAUCGGCGAAGGGCACCAGGAAGAAGCGCGGUGGACUGCAGGUAGGUGUGUUAAUGGAGGUUGUGACAAGGCGAGAGCAGAGUUUGGCCCUAUUUCAUCUGCUGGGAAAGAUCUUGUAUAACAAACGCAAAGGCGACCCAGAGAGCACGUCGGCAUCGGCGAAGGACAUCCAACGCGAUAGGAUGUUUGACGCGCAGCUGAGAGAUCCCCCACCGCUCCCUACACACUUACAGGAACACCAUCGACGCGCUUCACGCGUCGACGUGGAUACACUCUACGCAGACUCACCGAUCGACGCGUCGCUUCUCUCGUUAUAUGUCCAACAGAACUACACUCAGUAUUGCAACACACUCGACGAAUGUGCCGCUUUGGCUGAUUGGCUGAGUUACAUCGACUCGAGUGGUGGUGAGACGUGGCAUCAAGCAAAUCCGCAUCACUUCCACUUGGUCACGCUGAGCGCGUUGCAUUCGCUGCCUUCACCUGUAGUGCGCCGCAAUCAGAAAGCUUACAAGCCUGCGUUCUUUCAAGCGCUUCAACGAGAGCAUGAAGCGGAAGAUGGGGUCCGGGAUGUCCAGGAAUGGCUGCGACGAGACAUAGAUGAAGGUGCAGGGACAUGGAGCAGACGGGAAAUAGCUCUCGAGCUUGGCGCCGUGCUGAGGAUGCGGGACUUCGCAGGCGUGUUCGACAUGACAGACUCUCGCGUUUUGAUACGAUCUAAUGGCUUCCCAGGUGACAGCUCAGCUCCUUCGACCCACAGGUCAUUCUCGAGGCUCGAUUUCGUCAAAGAUGUGGGCGGGCUGGCACAGCUGACAGAGGAUGGAAAAGAAGACAGGGACCAUAUCUCUGAUGAGGACGAUGAUGCUACCCGAAUUACAACCGCUACUGGGGAUCGUGAAGGCGGGGAGGAUGGUGGAGGAUGGCUAGAAGGCGAUGAUAUUGAAGAUUUUUGA